AUGUCUUCCGGUCCCAACAACAGCGCACCCUCCAUUCAACCGACGAUAGGCACCCCACGAGACUCGUACGCCGCCACGCCGCUGGGCUUCAACGGGGCACCCGGCACGCCUGCGGAGAGCGGCGCGCUCUUGGCCGACGAAAAAGCAGCAUCAGGAGCAGGUUCUGCUGCUACCUCCAACGCGGCUCUGGCUGCUGCUGCUGACGGCGUGGCCGCGAAGGAGGCAGGUGUUGCGCCCCCGGACAGGAGGGCCGUCUGGCGGAGAAGGCUGAGGUGGAUCAUUCCCUUGUCACUAUUCGCGAUCGCGGCCAUCGUACUAGUAAUUGUCUUGCCCGUGGUGCUGGUUGCUGAUAAGAAAGAUGGUGGGAGCGGGGGCUCUGGCGGAAGCGGGAAGCCUGCGAAGGGGAAUCCGGAAAGUCCAAAUGGCGCCACGACUGGUGGGGACGGCAGUCAGAUUGUCACGCCGAAUGGUACAUUCACAUACAAGAAUCCGUAUGGAGGCAUUUGGGUGUAUGAUCCAAAUGACCCCUUCAAUGACAACGCGUACCCGAACUCUUGGACUCCACCACUCAACACCAGUUGGACAUGGGGCCAGGAUAAGUUGUAUGGUGUCAACCUUGGCGGGUGGUUUGUUCUCGAGCCGUUCAUCACGCCCGCACUGUACCAGAAGUACCCCGGCGCGAUCGACGAGUGGACCCUGAGCGAGGCGAUGCGGAACGAUACCAGCGAGGGUGGGGGUAUUGGCCAGAUCGAAGAACAUUAUAACACGUUCAUUACCGAAGAGGACUUCGCGCAGAUCGCGGGCGCAGGUCUGAAUUGGAUCCGCGUGCCCAUCCCGUACUGGGCCAUCGAGACAUGGGAGGGCGAACCGUUCCUUGAGGGUGUUGCGUGGAAGUAUAUACUGCGUAUGUUCGAAUGGGCAAGAAAGUACGGUUUGAGGAUCUACCUUGACCUUCACACGGUUCCUGGGUCCCAGAAUGGGUACAACCAUUCCGGAAGAUUUGGCGAAGUCAACUUUUUAUUCGGCGUGAUGGGUAUUGCCAACGCCCAGCGGACGAUGGAUUACAUCAGGAUCAUCGCAGAGUUCAUCUCGCAACCCGAGUACAAGAACGUCGUGCCGAUAUUUGGGAUCGUGAACGAGCCACUGCUCACACAGAUCGGCCAGGACACUUUGACGCGGUUCUAUCUGCAGGCCCACGACAUGAUCAGAGGACUUGCAGGUUAUGGUGCCGGCAACGGGCCUUACAUCGCUAUUCACGAUGGUUUCAUUGCCGACAAUGCCUGGGCUGAUUUCCUCCCCGGGUCUGACCGCAUCAUCCUCGACACUCACCCGUAUUUCGCAUUCGACGGCGCUCCGAACAACGCGCCCAUCGCCACCACUGACCCGAAUGUCGGCGGCGUCUGGCCUCAGCAGGCGUGCAAUGGCUGGGGUCCCAAUAUGAACCAGAGCCAGGAAGCCUUUGGCGUUACCGUAGCGGGCGAGUGGAGUGUCGGAUAUAAUGAUUGUGGUUUGUUCGUAGAGGGUGUGAACAUUGCGCCGAAGUAUGUGGGCGAUUGUAGUAUCUUUGAGGAUGCGAGUCAGUGGAACCAGACGAUGAAGGAUGGCUUGAAGAUGUUUGCGAUGGCUACCAUGGAUGCGUUGCAGAAUUGGUUCUUUUGGACGUGGAAGAUUGGCAAUUCCUCCACGACCAACACUGUGCAAGCACCUUUGUGGUCCUACCAGCUCGGCCUUGAGGGCGGUUGGAUACCAACUGAUCCUCGAGAAGCAGUCGGCACUUGCGCCUCUCUGUCUGUCAGCGGGCCCGUCUUCAAUGGUUCCUUCCAGUCAUGGCAGACUGGUGGCUCAGGCGCCGGAACCAUCGCCGCCACUGCACUAGCUUCGUUCUCGCAAUACCCGCCGCCGUCGCUCUCAGGCAUACCCGACCCGAACGGCGUGUCGCUGCUGCCGGUAUAUACGAGCACCGGCUCGGUCGUUACGCUGUCGAUGCCGACGUUCACGAAUAAGAUUACGGUGUCGGAGGGUGAUGGAUGGUAUGAUGCCAGCGACACGGGCGCGGCACCGACGGCGAUUGAGGGGUGCACGUACUUGAAUCCUUGGAGCGCGGCGAAUGCCCCGAUGCCGACUGCGGUGUGUACGGGUGGGGGCGCAGCUGAGGCAAUUGUCACUGUUGCGCCUAGGCCAUGA